AGUGAUUGAAACGGCACCGCCCAUUGUAAUAAACAAACGUUAGCUGUGCAGCUCUUAUUUACAACCGAGGCAAUUUAGGACAGCGUGACCUAACUUUUACCUCUUCAUGCACACUGAAGUGUAAUAGUUUGUAGUAGAAACCUUCUUAUAAAACAUGGACGAUGUAACGGGAGCCCAGCUCAUUGCUGAGUCUCUAAAGUCUCAGGUAUGACUGCGAAAACUGAAAACUUUGGUCUUGUAUAGUGAGCUGCACGUAAGCCUAAGUGUGUCAAAGUUCAAGUACAGCACUGUCAUGUUAAAACUUUUUUGUGUUGUACAGUACGCUUAAAUACUGACGUGUUUACAGUUAUUGUUUCAGCUUGUGUAUUAAAAGACAUUUUCUGUUUCUUUACAGAAAGUGGAGUACAUGUUUGGGAUAGUUGGUGUUCCUGUCAUUGAGGUGGCCAUGGCUGCUCAGGCUGUAGGGAUCAAAUAUGUGGGAAUGCGAAACGAGCAGGCGGUAAGUAAAGACAUGAUGAUGUUCUAUUAGAUUAUAGUUAUGUGAUAGGGGAGAGUGGGGGUAAGUUGAGCCAAAGAGUAAGUUGAGCCACCCCCUGUUGCUUGGAAAAUGGUAAAAGAAAUUGAUCAUGUGACCAACUAUUUAAGAGAUGGGCAUCAAUUCAUGUAGUCUGUGAAGGUUAGAAGCACAUGGGUGAAGAGGUUAGACAUUUAUUUAAAAAAAAAAAACAUUUUUCACUCUUGAAAGUGAAUGUGUCAUAAGUUUUAUUAGAAUUGUGUUCAGACCAAAAAAGAUCAUUUUGAAUUUGUUUAAUCAAUCAAUUGUGGUAUCUAUGAGCUACAACAUGAGGUCAAAAACCUAGCAUAAAAGUCCACAAUUUUAGUUCAGAGGACUAAUAAAGUCAUCAUAGUAGUUCUGGGGUAAAUUGAGCCAUUUGGUCAGGGGUAAAACUGAGAAAGUAAAGGAGUCUGAUGAGAGGAUUUGAGUCUCCGUUCAGAUUGUUUAAAUGUGUUACUUUCUCUUUUCAAAAACACAGCUGUGAAUGUUCUGAAUCACUGAAAGACAUUCUCAUGUUAAAAUGACUUUUUACAAAACAGCUUUUUAGCAGUUAUAUGCAAUAAUAAUAAGAAUUAUUGUACCAGUUGAAUAGUGUAUAAUAGAUAAAAAUACACAUCAAUGUGAAGAAGUGACUGUUAUUUUGGGAGAGAGAAGGUUAGGGAGGGCUGGGGUGGAGAGUGGGGGGGGGGGGGGGGGUAGUAGGGAUACGGCUCAAUUUACCCUGCUCCUAUGGUCAACUUACCCCAUACACAUGGUAAGUUGAUCAUAGGAGACCACUUUUUUUGCAUGCUAUAUUAUCAAGACAGUUAUGUUUACACUCAUUCUGUUGGUUUUCAGGGAUGCACAACAUCUUGAAAUAUAUGUAGAUUCAUUAGUUAGAGACAAAACUAUGAUUGUCUUGAUGUAGUGAUCUGAAAUAUGAAAAAUGGUUCAUCUCACCCCGCUCUCCCCUACUGCUGUUUACCUGCACUUACACACCUUCACAACAUUUUUAUAUCUUUAUGUAACAUCACAACAGGCAUGUUAUGCAGCAUCAGCGGUGGGGUACCUCACUGGGAGGUAGGACAAUAACUGAACACAAUAAUGUGAACAUGUGCGUGUUAGUUGGUGUUUUUCUCUUUAUGUCUCCUUCGGUUAUUUUUACCCAGACCAGGUGCCUGUCUAGUGGUGUCUGGUCCUGGACUCAUUCAUGCCCUCGGUGGGAUGGCCAAUGCGAACGUGAACUGCUGGUAAGAUGAGGGCUUGUAUGCAGGCAGAAAAGCUUAUAGUUUCAAUCUGGCACCCUUGGGCUCCGGUCAUGUUGCUUAUAGAGUUUACAUUGUGAUUUCAUAGGCCUGUGGUUGUUAUUGGUGGGUCCUCAGAUCGAAACCAGGAAACAGCAGGAGCUUUUCAGGAGUUUCCUCAGGUAAAGCAAACCUUUUUUAACAUUUCUGUGAGUUUGUGUCUGUUUGUUUGUGUUUAUGUACUGAUGGAUAAUCAGUUUUACAUUAUUUUGUACAGGUGGAAGCAUGCCGCCUUUACAGCAAGUUCUCUGCUAGACCAAGCAGUCUUGAGGCUAUCCCGUCAGUGAUAGAGAAGGUGAUAUAUCAGAUUAUUGUUACACUGUCUUUUAAAUUAUCAUAAGGUGGCAAAACAAACUUGAUAUAAGUUUUAUUAUAUUUGUUCAAAGGCGGUCCGCACAAGCAUGUAUGGGCGUCCAGGUGCCUGUUAUGUGGACAUUGCAGGGGACAUGGUCAAUGCUAAAGUGGACAGGAGCACAGUCAGGUUUGAUGUCAUUUAUGCAGUUCUGUUCCUCCUGAAGAGUUUCACUACUGUCACUCUACAUCUGUAAUUUCUUUCUCCUGCAGGGUUGUGUCCUGCUGCCCAUCUCCUCCAGUGAGCUUCGCUGACCAUGACAGUAUCUCUGAAGCCAUUAAUGUCUUAAAAAAAUCUAAAAGACCUUUGGUCAUCAUUGGCAAAGGUUAGAUAUUACAAAAAUUCUUUGAACUUUGCAUAAGAUCUUCAUAUCUUCAGUUAUUCAGUCAGGAAUAAAUGGAAACCCUGCAUUUUGCAUCAUCAGUAAAUCAGAGUAGUUCAUUGUGCGGUUGUUUCCAACAGGAGCAGCAUAUGGCAGAGCAGAAGUUGCCCUGAAGGAGUUUGUGGAAAUGAGUGGUCUUCCAUUUUUGCCCACUCCUAUGGGGAAAGGUGUUUUACCCGAUGAUCACCCCAACUGUGUGGCUGCUGCCCGUUCCAGGUCUGUACCUUCUAAGUGCCGAAACAUGCAAAAUUUAGAAAGAUUUUACUAUUAUCUCUAUUUAUGUAUUAUUUUUAUUAUCUUGAUUUGAAUCAAGAAAAUGACCUGAACCCUUUUAAUUGUUAGUACAUGUACUAUUUCAAGCUAAAAAAAACACAUUUUGUUAUACACAUGUAACACAAAUAAUAUAUAUAUAUUUACAUAUUUUCUCUUGACUCACUCUUGCCUUGUCAUCGGGUUUGUUUCAAAGAGCUCUUCUCCAGGCUGAUGUUGUACUUCUGCUUGGGGCCAGGCUGAACUGGAUCCUUCAUUUUGGCCUGCCUCCGCGGUUCGACCCUGAUGUCAAGAUAAUCCAGGUAUGUAAAUAUUAAGUCAAAUGCCUUAAAUAAGAGUAAAAAAGUGUGUGAAACUUUAAAAGAUAAUGGAAUACUUACUUACAGUUUUCUCGGCUUUGUCACUGGCAUUGGUCAUUCGUUAUUUAAUGGCAUAACACAGUCGUCAUCUGUAUGCAGGUUGACCUCUGUGCUGAAGAGAUGGGGAAUAAUGUGAGGCCUGCUGUUGCUCUUCUUGGAGACAUCAAUGCUAUUGUCACUCAGGUGACUACAACACACAGCUUUGUUGUUUCUCUCCAUGUGAUCCGUUACUGUCUGUCCUCAUAUUUUGAUGUGAAUCAAAUAGUUAUUGUGUACCAACAGCAGUUUGAGGAAAAAGUCUUCUGUUCUGUUUUUAACAGCUUUUGGAGGGUGUCUAUAAAGAUGGCUGGAAAUAUUCCUCUGAUACAGAGUGGUGGGGCACGCUGAAGGACAAAGUUGCUGCUAAUGCAAAAAUGUCAAAGGUGGGUUUAAACUUAUAAGUGAUCUCUUAUGGUGUGGAUGCUUACUUGUAUACUUAAAGUUAUGGCAUCACAUUUGUUAUUGUUAAAUAAUUUUGAUCAAUUUUCACACUAUUUCUAUCCAUCUCAACCCACAGGCAUUGGCCCUUCAGUCAACAGUACCAAUGAACUACUACACUGUGUUUCACCAUGUUGCCCAGUUGCUGCCACAUGACUGCAUCAUUGUCAGUGAAGGGGCAAACACCAUGGACAUAGGACGUACCAUGUUGAACAACUACCUACCUCGGCACAGGUAAGGUAGCCUCACUCAAGCUGUCAAGUUCAGACUUUCGGAUUAUGAAAAAGUGUCUGCUAGAGUUUAAGUUACAGAUUCAAAACACAUGAAAGUUUACAUGAAAACGCAAACUACAUGUUGACAUUGUUACAAAUGAGUAAGAGUCCAGGACUUUUGGUUAAUAGAAAAUCGUCAUGCAGGGGGUUAGAGUCAAAUUUAUAACAAAAGUUUCAAACCAAAGCCAACUCUUCAGACAUCCUAAACCCACAUUACAUUUUCAGAACCUGAAAUACAAUCAAACUAGGGAAUUAUAAGAAAAUAUGUAACUAAACUGAUGAAUCUGACCAACUGGUUAAAGGAGAGAACCACUCUUUGGUGAAAAAGCUAAUAAACUAUCACUGCACUUUUAUCAUUGUUGGAAUGAUCAGCAAAUAUACCAAUAAGGCGGAGCAUUAGUUCUAACCUUAUAAGGUUAAGGACAAUGGCGCACUUUCUUGCUUUCAUUGAAAGUAUGAGCUACCAAACAAAAGUAUACUUGCAGAAGAAAAGAUUUGCAGGUAUUGCAUCUCACUUCAAGUUCCCACCUCACUCUUAUGACAUGCGUCCAAUAUAUUUGAUGAAGAGGCACAAAAGUUUAGGGUACAAUAAAUAGUGCAGAUAAUAAAAAAUAAAUAAAAACUGAGAAAAUAUGCAUUUGAGAGAAAAUGUCAUGAAGAUCCAGCAGUGACUAGGUCCUUAAACUUUGUGUUUACUUUGAGUAAACACAUGUUAUUCACAAAAGUUUAUAAGAAUUUUAAUACAGUAGAUUGCUUUUGACUUAUCCCGCUGAUGUGCAGGUUGGAUGCAGGUACAUUUGGAACAAUGGGUGUAGGUCUUGGUUUUGCGAUAGCAGCAGCUGCUGUGGAGAGAAGUGAGAAGAAAGGCCAAAGAGUCGUCUGUGUCGAAGGAGACAGUGCCUUUGGCUUUUCUGGCAUGGAGGUGGAAACUAUGUGCAGGUGGGUUUUUUUCCUCCAUUUUGCACAUUUUAUGUAUGCCAUGUUAUCUGACACUUUUCUUUUGGUUCUCUUGACCAGAUAUAAUUUACCAGUGAUCAUCAUUGUGGUGAACAACAAUGGUAUCUACAGCGGAGUAGAUCCUGAGACAUGGAAAGAAAUGGCAAAAAUGGGAGAUUUGACCUCCAUGUAAGUCUGGCAAAUUAUUGUUGUACAUUCCUACGCAGAUUCUGAUGAACUGAAAGCUAUAUCACAUCAUUAUUUGUUACUUGUCAGAGCCCCUCCUGUGACCCUCUUACCUGAGGCUCGCUAUGAUGAGGUCAUGACAGCGUUUGGAGGUCGGGGGGUCCUGGUGAGGACAGUGGAGGAACUGCGUAGUGCUUUACAGCUCUGUCUAAGUGACUGGGAGAAACCGAGUCUCCUUAACGUGCUCAUUGAUCCUUCCUCUGACAGAAAACAGCAGGUAACCAUCACCUGUAGGGAUUGUGUGCGUUGGGUAGUGAUACCUCCAAAUGAGAGAAUCCAGAAAAGGUUUAUCGUAAAGCACGAGGAGAUGCAUUGCACACAGGAAUAUACUUGAUGCAGAAACGCAGUUUAGCUGCUGCCAGUCUCAUUUUCUUUGGCCGAUUUCUCCAACCAUCUUCAAAGUUCUCAGCACUUGAGCUGCAUUUCCAAAAUCAGCUCAUUCACGCAAUGAAACACCAAGCGAUCAUCAAACUGGCCUUUGCUCAACAAAACCCUUAAAUCAUCAAUAUCAAAAUGAAAUUUGAGUGUUUCAAUAAAUAAGUGAUGACUACCAAAUAACGUUCCCCUUGACGUUGGGAAAACUGUCUUUCUAAGUGCUUCAAUGUUUCGUCAGAAUGACACAUAACUCUGUGAGUACUUUUUAACUGUUCAUGUUCACACUGACUCUGAUGUAGAUACAAUUCCAGAGGACUAAUGUGUCACAUCCAACCAUGUAAUGCAAAAAAGCAGUCAGGUCUCCAGUUCUCAAUCUCAUACAUUGCUCAACAAAACACAGUACAGUACUGUAAAAACACACAACUGCACAUGACAAACACUUGCAGUCUACAUUAUGACCUUAUGAGGACAAAAAAACCAAGUCCUACUUUCAAAUGGAUCAAAAGAAAUUAAAAAAUUAAACUGUUAGAUUGAAAGUACUUUGCAUUUAAUUUAUUGUCUGUCAUUGGAAAAGUUGGUUGUGUGAUUAAAAACCAUUAGCCUCAUAAUAAAUUACAGACUGGAAAAUGCCCUGAUUAAUGUGCACUCAAAGAUUUGGCAAGUUUACAGGCACGUACAAACAAAGCUGUUCAAGUGCACCCUUUCUGCAGAAUUCUAAAAUGACUGAAGAACUUGGCAUCUCUAUAUUGAUUGUCUUCUCCUGAACCACAUUUUAUCAGUCUGUCGCUCUUGUAGACAAGACAUGAGCAUUAAAAACUAAGCUGAAGACCCGAGGCUGGUAGUCAGUUUUAGUCCCUGUCUCAUUUUUACAAGGUUUCCCAGAGCGGAGAUUGACAAUGACUUAAAUGACACUGACAGUUGCUGCAGUAAAGCCAGGCUGAUUAAAAGCAGCAGUGUCGGGCUCUUGAUUAGUGAAGAGCAAACAAACAGCUCAGUGUUUACUUGGCUUUCAGCUCGUCCUUAUAGAGCUAUGUGACUGACGAGCCUCACUGCACAGUAAUCCAUACAGUCCAGGUGCACCACAGAACUGUUGUAUUCCUCCCACAAUCCCUCCACCUCACACCAACCUGACCUUUCUAUUUCAGAGCCCCCAUAAUUAGAAAGCAGGGCCCUCUUUGUUUAUGUUGAAUGUAUCCAUGCAACCCUCUGCAGACUUGUUUAAAGGUUUUAUGCAGGACUGUGCCCAUGGUGCUGAGAUACAUGGAGUUGCACUCAAAAACAUUAAAGUCUAACUUGAGUCUAAGAGCAUUUAUUAAAAAGAAAGAGUAUCAUUUAAGGUGUAAUAAGAUGCUGUUUUCUGUGUUUGCAGGAGUUCCCUUGGCUCACACGCUCCAACUUAUAGACUGAAAGAGGGAUCUCCUCUAAUCCACAACUAACAGUGAGGCAGUUUACCCUGAGAAUUCAACCGGGGAAAGCUGCCAUCAUUUUUAUGAUUGUUUCCAUGAAAUGUUUAAUAAUUUUCUAUGAUUUUUACUACUCAGUAGUAUUACAAAUAGCAAAAAUAAUGUGUACAACAAUAAAGUACUCUACAUUUACAGUGACA